UUUUUUUUUUUUUUUCUUCCCUUCUAACCAAACGUCCUCCUUCAAAGCAUUCUCAUCGGUUGUUAUGGAAGGUGCACUUCUUUCCUGGACUUGGUGGGCUUGGACUUGGUGCUGAUGUGGAUAAAUUCGCUGUAAAAGAUGGCCCAGGAUGUACAGAGUGUCCCGAAGAAGAUCUUCACCCUGAGAAGCACAAUCACCUCCACGUUAAACAGGAGGAGGAGUCCGAGAUGUCGUACAUCAAACAGGAGGAGCCAGAGACACCCUUCAUUAAAGAAGAAGAACAGGAAAAUGAAAUCCUCAAGUUUCCAGUGGCUGUCAGUGUGAAGAGCGAAGAAGAUGAAGGUCCAAGCGGAGAAGCGAAACAAUCAAGCAAUGGCUCAUUUCAGCACCUGACAACAAGAGGAGAAGGACAAUCGCAACCGGAAGACCUAUUAGCACCGCUCUCGGACAGCGACAGCGUAACGUCACACUCUUCUGACUUUAACACUGAUGAGGAGGAUUAUGACUUUGAGCGAAAUUCUUCAAAAUCCUUAAACAAGUCAUCACUGAAAAAAGACGCAAAAGAAUGCGUGGUUGGGAAACCUUUUUCCUGCACACUUUGCAGCAAAAGAUUUUCACAGAAGUCUCAUUUAAUAACACAUAAGCGUACACACACUGGAGAAAAGCCUUUUGUCUGCACACUUUGCAACAAAAGAUUUACUCAGAAGGGUAAUAAAGAAAAGCACAUGCGUACACACACUAGAGAAAAGCCUUUAUCCUGCACAUGUUGUGGCGAAAGAUUCGCCGAGAAGGGAAAUUUAAACCAACGCACAAGCACAGACAGUGGAGAGAAGCCUUUCGCCUGCUCCUUUUGCGAGAAAAUAUUUUAUUGUCAGUCUCAGUUAACAAUACACGAGCGUACACACACUCGAGAAAAGCCUUUUCCCUGCUCAAUUUGUCAAAAAAAAUUCUGUCAGAAAUCUGAUUUAGAACGGCAUAAGCGUACACACACUGGAGAAAAGCCUUUUCUCUGCACAUGUUGUGGUAAAAGAUUCAGCCAAAAGAGAAAUUUAAACACACAUACAAGAACACAUACUGGAGAGAAGCCUUUUGCCUGCUCACUUUGCGAUAAAAGAUUUUGUCAUAAUAUUAAUUUAAAAACGCAUAUGCGUACACACACAGGAGAAAAGCAUUUUUCCUGCACAUGUUGUGGUGAAAGAUUCGCCGAGAAGGGAAAUUUAAACCAACACGCAAGCACACACAGUGUAGAGCUUUUCGCCUGUUCACUUUGCGACAAAAGAUUUUCUCAGAAGUAUAAUAGAGAAAGGCAUAUGCGUACACACACUGGAGAAAAGCCUUUUGCCUGCUCAGUAUGUCAUAAAAGAUUCCGUCAGAAGAGAUCUUUAAACAAACAUGGAACAACACACACUGGAGAGAAACCUUUUGGCUUCUCACAAGGGAAAUAUAGUAAAACACGCAAGAAGCCAGACUGAGUAAUAAACUUGAAUUGCGGUGUUUGACAAGGUUUUUAAACUCCCACCACACAUUUACAGUGGAAAAGGCUUUUUAAAUUUCCUUAUUCAGUUUCCCUUGAGCCACUUUUGAAAAAGUUGAAAUAAUUUUGCAGGUCCUGGUCUUUUUCACAACUAUCCAAUAUGUUUUUUUUAAUCGAAUAGAUUUGGUUUACUUUAGGUUAGGUUACGUCAUAUCAAGCUCGAUCAUUUGCUCUGUUUCAUAUUAUGACGUCUUUCCUGCUACUUUGAUUUACUUAGAUUUAGCUUAAGUCUCCUCUAUUUUUUGCUUUUGUAAACCCUGUUUUAAAGUGACCUUGAGUGUCUUGAAAGGUGCUUUGAAAUAAAACCUUACACUGGUCAACAGUAAAAUUUGCACAUUAAAUAUUUAUAUAUUUGUAGCUGUUGAAUGCAUUGCAAGUGUCAGAAUAUAGCAAUUCUCUCUAGUUUCCGAGUCCAUACAGUUUUAAUGUUCUCAAUGAGAAUGAUUUUAAAAUAUCUAUGGAAUAUUUCCUUUAGGACACAAAAGGCUGAUCAAACCAAGGACAAUGUAUUACAAUAAUAAGCUUGUGUUAUUAUUUGAAAAACUUUUAUGCUGCGCUUCCCUUUGUUUAUUGUUUGUUUAGUUUCCAAAAUGUAUUUGAAUGGUUUUAGGGAUGAUGUCUUUAUUAGUCCUGUGCAUUGGAUUAUUUUCCAAUCUGAUUCAUUAUAAAAGUGCUUUUAUUUUGUAUUGCUAUUCAUUUCCCCCCAUACUU